GAGUGGCUAAAGCCCGCCUGUGGCAGCGCCCUGGGCCUGGUGUCCUCUGGCGGGGUUUGCGUGGAAGAUGUUGAGCCUCUCGGAGCUUCCGCAAAAGAACACAGACUUGACGGAGAUGCGGUCCGGGCCCCUGGGUCGCUGCAGUCACUUUUUUUGGCUGGGCGUCGCCUUCGACGCGGUGGGUGUGGCAGUGCUGUUCACUGGCGUCUUCGCCAACUUGCUGUUCUAUGACAUGCUGCUCUAUUUGGGUUCCAUCAUCAUCUUCGUCAGUCUCCUGUGGUGGAUCUCCUGGUACACCGGCAACAUAGAGGCGCUCCCGGAAGACCUCUUGAGGGGGGCUUCGCCCCGCGAGAGCGGGGUGCACCGUAGCGGCAGCCGUCGCUUCUCGCUGACCCUUAGGAGCGUCUCCGACACUUUUCAGCGGAUUCGCCGGCGACGGCGGCGGCGACUCCACCCGCGGGUCGUCCAGCGGAUCAGUAGCAUCAGCUCAACGGACCCGGGGCAGCUAGAAAGGAACUGCGACGCCAGAACCGCGGGUGGCAGAGCGUUGUUCCGUCCAGCGAAGCCUGAGGCUGUUCUGAAUCAGUUUAGCGGAGUCCAGACCUCUAAGAGCCUGCCUCUGGGCAUUGUCCACACCGGUCUUUCCAUUUGUACUUCUAGGAGUCAACCUGUCUUUUCAGUGACUUCGCAGACCUACCCUUUGGCGUCUGACAGCAAUUCUCGGAUGGCAAUGUCCUCUGACAGCCAUGUGUCUUUGGACCCUCACUCUCAGGAGCACUCUAAAAUCAGUGUGGCCUCUCAGAUCUACCCUCUGGAACGGGAAGAAAGCCAGAGCCACCUCUUGGUGAUCCCUGACAGUUUAUCUAUGGUACCUGUGACCUCUCAAAGCCAAAUCCUGCCCUCUGUAUCUUCUGAAAGCAGUGUGCCUUUGGACCCUCACUCUCAGGGGCGCUCUAAGAUCAGUGUGGCCUCUAAGAUCUACCCUCUGGAACGGGAAGAAAGCCAGAGCCACCUCUUGGUGAUCCCUGACAGUUUAUCUAUGGUACCUGUGACCUCGCAGAGCCAAAUCCUGCCCUCUGUAUCUUCUGACAGCCAUGUGUCUUUGGACCUUCACUCUCAGGGGCGCUCUAAGAUAAGUGUGGCCUCUAAGAUCUACCCUCUGGAACGAGAAAAAAGCCAGAGCCACCUCUUGGUGAUCCCUGACAGUUUAUCUAUGGUACCCGUGACCUCUCAGAGCCAAAUCCUGCCCUCUGUAUCUUCUGACAGCCAUGUGUCUUUGGACCCUUACUCUCAGGGGCGCUCUAAGAUCAGUGUGGCCUCUCAGAUCUACCCUCUGGAGCGGGAAGAAAGCCAAAGCCACCUCUUGGUGAUCCCUGACAGUUUAUCUAUGGUACCCGUGACCUCUCAAAGCCAAAUCCUGCCCUCUGUAUCUUCUGAAAGCAGUGUGCCUUUGGGCCCUCACUCUCAGGGGCGCUCUAAGAUCAGUGUGGCCUCUAAGAUCUACCCUCUGGAGCAGGAAGAAAGCCAGAGCCACUUCCUAGUGCCCAUGCCCUCUGACAGUUUCCCUGUGGUACCCAUGACCUCUCAGAGCCAAAUCCAGGGAUCUCUGGCCCAACAAAGCCAUCUCCAGAAUCUUCCUCUUGCCUCUCAAACUCCUGAAACUGAUAAAGCUUCUAAGAGCCAUACUUCGGCCAAGGGGGUUCCUGGGGUGCCACCUGGGUCUGCCCAGACUUCUCAAAUUUCUUCACCUGUCCAGAAGGUUCCUAAGAACUAAAGCUGAAGCUUUGGAGACUCUCCCAGCAGCCAGCUUGAAACUAACUCAGGAGCAACCUGACUCUUCAUUGCCUGUCUCUAAGACCACUCAUUCAGACUCUCAGUAGUGUGACCGUUCUGGAAACCCUUCAGCUUUGGGGAUAGUGAGGAAAAGUCACCCUUUCUAAUAGGACUCAGACACCAGCCAUUUGAAUGUCUGCUAAGACCUUUGCCAAGUAAGUGGCUUGGAAGAAAAGUUACCAACAUUAUUAUCCUUUUUAUUGUUCUGGUGGCUUUCUCAAUUCCUGUAGUGGGAACAAAGUGGCCUUGGACUUCAGGGAUUAGCGAUUUUGAUGUUUUUGAGACCAGCUCUUUGAGUAGUUGAGACCUAAGGCUUUGACUACUUUAUUGGAUAAUGAAACCUUUGGUUGUGUUUAAAAUUAGAGGAGGGAGCCAGGGGAAUAUUAUUCUUUUAGGAAGCUAUAAGAUCUGGAGAUAGGUAGAGAAUUUAGAUUCUGUAAGGGUUCUCUUGGAAGAAGACAGCGUUCAUUUGUACAGGGACAUAACGCCAAGUGACAUUGAAUCUUAGUGGGGAAGUUAUUUCUUUUCAGUAUAUUUGACUUUUGUCAGAGAGGCUAUCUUUUAUUGAAGGCAGUGCCUUCCAAAUGCCCCUUUAAGACCCCUUUAAAGCUUCAAGGCAAAAAAACCUAUUCCCAGCUAGACAUUAAUAAUCUUCAUAUUCAUACACUUUUCACUGAGUCACUUCUAUUUAAUGCCAAGUGAUAUUAAUUUCCUGUUUGCAACAGUGAUAGUUGCUGUUUAAAUAUAUCAUCUAAAUAAAACAUUUUGUACAAUGUAAAGGUAAGCUUUGAAUGCAUAAGAAAAGUUGGGUGACUCUAAAGUGAAACUGUGGGACCUGAGCUAGCUAAUUCAAUUUCUCUUCUCCUCU